AUGAAACAUUGUGACUGUAAUAUUAAUGAUACUACCGCUGCACCAGCGUCUCCCUUAGAGUGUGACCCCGGUGAGACAAACAAUAGGGUGCUUGAUUCUGGUAAAAAUAAAAUAGGAAAACAUGUUUCUUUCAAUACUUCUUCUUCUUUAGAGCCACCCUUUCCUGAAAUCCCAAGGCGUGUGUUGAUGUGCACAUAUUUAUUCCAAAAAGAGAUCUGUUUAGAUGUUGGUGUGGAAAACCUUGCCCGGAGCAUAGUACACCCAACCAGUGCGCUGCUUGAUUCAGGCGCUAACAGAAUCUUCAUAGAUCAGGUCUGGGCACACUUCAGUCACCCCCAAAACAUAAGCAUUUAG